AUGUCAGCCCAGACUCUGCUGCCCAUCCUGCUUCUCUGUGCGCUGCUGCUGCAGGCCCAUGGAGGGUGGAUUUUCAGGAAGACGAACAUGUCCACAGAAGUCAAGCCGUGUGUGAAGAAAGUCAGGCAACAUCUGUGCAAAUUCAACUGUGAAAAUUACCGGUCAUGUCAAGCAAAUAAUAUAUGCUGUUCGACCUACUGUGGGAACGUUUGCAUGAACAUCCUGUGA